AUGCUUGAAAGUACAAGCAGACUCAGUAUUCGCUUUUAAAAGUUUUUCAUGCUCCAAGCGGUGCGCUAGCUGCCGUUGUUUGGCAAUUAAAUUAAAUAAUCGGAUGCGAACAGCAAGUACGUGAUGCAGGGCCGCGCGAAGAAAGAGUAAUGUUAAUUUUGUUUGCCAACGGUUUGAAGGUAAUGCCUGCCGCGAUUAUAAAAUUAAUGAUGAGCAACACAGAUUAUAAAACUUUGAAUUUGUGAACAAUCAACACUGUCAAACUUGUCAAAGUGACAGUGAAGAUAAGAGUGUCAUCUGUGUCAUGUGUGUACUGUGUAGUGUGUUCACUUCACAACAAAAUGCGAGAUCAAUGAACUGCGGACGCUCUUUUAGAUUCAUAGUUCUGUGUUAUAUUUGUUUUCCUGAUAUCUUAUACCUAAUUAUUAAAUAAAAAUGUUAAAUUUAAUCAUUAUUUGUUUGCUACAACCAGUUCUAACUUCUAUACCAGACUCCGGAUCGUCUGGAUGCGGCUGUAAUUUAAAUCGAGAUGGGAGUGAUAAAUUAGUCAAGGAUAGUAUAUUUAGUAGCUCCCUGAAUAAUAAAGAUCAGUGUGAAGGAAAUUUCGAAGACAGCUUUAAUGAAGCAGAAAAGAUGAGCCUUAUACCUAGUGAUGAGUACCAAUUAGGAACUGAUGAUAUUGCUAUAGAAAGUGAUCAGGAAGGACCAAAAAGGAUCGUCCAUCUAAAAAGUUUUUAUAUUGAUAAGUAUGAAGUAUCAAACAAAGACUUCAGCAUAUUUGUAAACACUACACUUUAUAAGACUGAAGCUGAACAAUUUGGAGAUAGUUUUGUAUUUUCAGCUUUUUUAAAUAGUACUUUUAGAGACCAGCUUGUGGACUUCCGCGCAGUGCAAGCUGUGUGGUGGUACAAAGUUUCUGGAGCUAACUGGUUACAUCCUUUUGGCCCAGAUUCUGAUAUUUCAGAAAUCAUGAACCACCCAGUAACUCAUGUGUCAUGGAAAGAUGCUCAAGCAUACUGCAAGUGGAGGAACGCCCGCUUGCCAACCGAAGCAGAAUGGGAGGCAGCAUGUCGGGGCGGACAUAAGGAUACAAAGUACCCUUGGGGAGAUAAGCUGUUUCCUGGACGAAAGCAUAUGGCUAACAUUUGGCAAGGUACUUUUCCUACCCAUAACUCUGCAAAAGAUGGCUACAUAGGAACCAACCCAGUGAACAUGUUUCCACAAAAUGAUUUUGGCCUUUACAAUAUGGCAGGUAAUGUUUGGGAAUGGACGGAAGACUCCUGGGCUGGGAAAAAUCCUACAGAAAAAGUGAAAAAAGGUGGAUCAUAUUUAUGUCACCUCUCCUACUGUUAUCGCUACAGAUGUUCUUCACGAUCUCACAACACUGAAGACAGUUCUGCUGGAAACCUAGGAUUCCGAUGUGCGAAAUCUGUCCAAUAAUUUUGAACACUUGAAAAUUUGUACUUAAUCUUGUAAAACUUAGUAGUUAUUAUGAUGGACUUACGUUCGUAGAAAAUGUACACUUGUGACCAAUGACACUGAAAUUUACACACUUUCAGUAUAUGCAGUAAUUUUGGUCCCGCAAAAGCAACAUCUAGAUAAUAUAUGUUAUUCGCGUUAGGUUGGGUAUAUAUAUUUUUAUCACAACCACAGACGUCCGUCGGGUUUUAAAACAGGCUUACUUUUGUUGGAGAUGUGUGAUUACUGUAAAAAUGUGUUAUUAAGGUUUUUAUAUUUUAUAUUUGUUUUAUAGAUGCGUGCCUGCGCUGACUAUCUUUAUGUGUAUAAAUAGUCUAUUAAUUCAGUUUUAUAUGUUCCUAACUAUUUAAAUUCUAAGCUAAACUUUGCAAAAUAUUUUAAUUAGUGGUUAGAAAUGGGUAAAAUGAUUACUUACUUAACUGUUUACAAUGGAUAAUGAAUAGGGUAGGCUAAUGAAGUAUCGCAUUAUAUUUUAUGAACGUCACUGCCGCAAACAGGUUCCAAAUACAAACGAGUUUGAGACUCUGAAAGAAAAGACUUUGAAAAACAUUUAAUACCGAAUAAUAAAAAAGAAAUUGUAGGUUCAAUUUUUGAAUACUAGUCUUAGGUCGGUUAGUUAGGUACUGAUUGUACAUGUUUUUUUAAAUGUGAAUGGUAUAUAAUAUACACUUACGUUAACUAAAAAGGUUAAUUUUUUCAGAAACUCACAAGUACAGUAAUGAUUUUUAAUUAAUAAUGGUUGUCCCUAUAGUAUAUUAAGACUGGUUUUAGGAAUUGUAAUAUUUAACGUUCACAAAGGCUCAAAAUGUCGGUAGGUAUCUGUAGCUUUAUUUGACUUCCCAGGUACGGAUUUAUAAUACCUAAGUUCCUGACCCAGAGCUCUUCUCUUUAUUCUUAAUAAAAUUGUUUUCUUUUCCGCCUGUCCUGGGGCUCGAAUCUACUACUUGGCAUCGGCCUGUCACUUGCACUUGCGAUGAAUGGAAGGUCGAGGCAGUUCAAUUUGCGUAUUGUAAUUUAUUAGAGCCUAUUCACUUUCAGCUCGAAUUAUUUAUACAUUUACUUGUUAAUUCGGGUGUUGGAUCUAAAUAUUUAAUUUUUAAUAUUAUGUUUUUUUAUGUCAUUGUAUAUCGUCUUACUGUGUUUUUGUUAUUUUUCAAGAAUAUAUUAAUUAAAGAUGUAGUCUCAAGGUUUUGAAUUUUACAAUUUGAUAUAAUUUAUAAAUAGUAAUAAAAAUAUAUUUAUUCAUUUCG